AUGUACAUGCAAUCAUCAUGAAAACAGCUGAUUCUGUCACAGAAAAAUAGCAGCUUUUCGUUUGUAAUGUGUUGCAAAAUGGUGCAAAGAGGAUAUGAAAAGCUGCUUUUCUCUGCGCCAUGAUCAGCGCUGAUCACAUAAACGGUUGAAGAGUUACAGUAUGAUAAAUAAUAUGUAUCAUUUGGGUGCCAUCAGUGACAUCUCAGAUAUUAACUGGUUGAAUCUGUACAUGGAGGAGCUUUUCUAGAGAAUAUGACUAAUGCAAAUCCUAAGGAAUUCUCAGUGUAUGUGGGCCUCUGAAAUCAAGAUUUUGGAGGCUUUUUUUUUUUUCUGUUUUUGAGUCCAAUUGAGAAAAUAUAGGAGUCUGGGAAGGGUUAACCUGCACCUGCCAAGACAAAAAAGGGGAGGAACUUCUGAAGUGAAAGCAAACAGAGAAAGCCAGACAGGUUUGAUCACUUCUCGAGGGUAGUUUCGGCAAAGGCCUUUUUCCAGCAGAAAUGGCUUCUGACACAAGUCUGAUGGCUGAAGAAAGUUUUCUUUGUUCCAUCUGUCUGGAAUUGUUUAACCAACCUGCAUCGAUUCCUUGUGGGCACACCUUCUGCCUGCAGUGUAUCACUGACUACUGGGACACGCUUAGUACUUUACUCCAUUGCCCACUGUGCAAAGCAGAGUUUUACCCCAAACCAAUGCUUUGUGUUAACAUUUUUAUCAAUGAAAUGUCAAAUAAAUUCAAACACCGGACAGAAAAAAAAUCAUCGAGCACUCCUGGAGGAGCAGGAAGUGAAAGCGUGUUGUGUAACCUCUGCUCGGAGCCAAAGGUCGUGGCAGUAAAGUCCUGCCUUGUCUGUUUUAUGUCCUACUGUCAAACCCAUCUGGAGCCUCAUCAGAGUAAUGUCGUCUUGAAGAAACACAAACUGAUCGCCCCGGUUAAGAACCUAGAGAGUAGGAUUUGCAAAACUCAUGGCGAGCCUUUGGAGUGGUUCUGCAGGUUCGACCAAUCAUUUCUCUGUGAGUCUUGUAAGGGUGGAAACCAUAAAAAACAUGUGAUUGUGACUCUCGAGGAAGAAGCUCAAAUGAGGAAAACUCAAAUAGAAACAGAGCGGGAAAAGACGCAUCACAUGAUCCAGACUCGUCAGAAGAAAAUGCUGGAGAUUCAAGACUCACUUAAAGCAAGCCAGACUGAUGCAGACAAGGCGCUGGCGAGAAGCAGCCACCUGAUGACCGCUAUCACAGAUUAUGCUAGGAGAAGCCACGCAGAGCUGUGUGAGGUUAUAGCAACAAAACAGAGCAAAGUGGAGGAGGAGGCUAAAAGAUUCAUGCAAGACCUGGAAGAAGAAAUACUUCAAAUCCAGCAGAAAAAUCUGCAUCUCAAUGACGUUUCACUGACUGAUGACCACCUGACGUUCCUCGAGAACAAUCUUCUUCUGACUUUCUCUUCAGCAGAGGUGAAAGACUGGUCUGAGGUUCGGCUCAACUGUAGCCAGUUUGCAAAUCAAGAGGCUUUACAUGAACUGGAAACAAGAAUCCAAAGAGAAAUCGACUUCAUGUGUGAUCCUACCUUCAAAGAAAAGCAGCGGCACGCUGUGGAUGUGACGCUCCAUCGCGACACAGCAAACCCAUUCCUCAGCGUUUCUGAGGAUGGGAAACGAGUCGCACAUGCAACCCAAAUUAACUUCCUCAAGCUCAAACAAGAGAUGUUUGAUUCUGUCUAUAACGUCUUGGCAAAAGAGGGAUUCUCAUCUGGAAAAUUUUACUAUGAGGUUGAAGUGAAGGGUAAAACUCAGUGGUAUUUGGGUGUUGCAAAGGAGUCAAUCAACAGGAACGGGGAUAUAAGACUUAGCCCAAAGAACGGAUACUGGACUAUUUGGCUAAGAAAAGGAAAUGUGCUCACAGCCAAUGCAGUCCCUCCCAUAAACUUGCAGGUGAGGGCCAUUCCAACGAAGGUUGGGGUGUUUGUUGGUUACGAGGCAGGUCAGGUUACCUUUUACGAUGUACAUGAGAGGGCUUGCAUCUUCUCCUUCACUGGAUGUGCCUUCACCGAGAAGCUCUUCCCUUUCUUCAGCCCAUGUGCCAGUGACGGAGGCAGAAACUCCGCUCCCUUGAUCAUCACUCCUGUCACACACACUGGCUGAGAGAUUGUAAAGUGAGGCUUUACCAGGGGAUCACACAUCUGAAAACCCAAAUAUAUUCUUCUUAGAAGCAGCUGGGUUCUUUUUUUUUUCAUCUGUCCAUCAGUGUCAAGGCAGGGUGUCAGUGUUUCCUGUCCUGCAGGGAACUGGAGAUCCCUGGCAACAGUCUCCAAGUCACCAUGGAAAGACACGUGUCGGGGAUAGAGUUCAAUACUUGUCAUAAUGAUGCAGUUUAAAUUGUAACAUUUUAGAUUGUUUGUUGCAAAAAAAACCUAAAUAAUACAAAGUAUGCAGACGUUGAUACACUAAAAGAAAAGAGAGAAAAAAAAUGCUGUACCAAGUCCUGUAUUCAACCUUCAAACAUCUUAUUGCCUGAAUUUACAAAUUUAGUCAUGAACCAUUAUUAUUUUUACACGAAAUAUAUCUAAAUGUACUAAAUCUGUGUGUUUUUGUUUCAUCUGUAAACCCUGGGGGUCAAAUUGUAUGAAAGUCUGAUGUUUACAAUAUAAUUAUUUUUUAAUUAAAUAGUUAAAAGUGUGAAGUUUUUAUAUUUGAUUUAUUGACUAACUAAAUCAUUCAUUUCAAUAGAUGGAUAGAUAGAGAGAUAGACCUUUUUUUCUAUUGCAGUCCUGAAUUUGAGUCUUGUUAAUAAGUCACACCUGAUUUCACAUAAUUGAUUCAGCUGCUCCCAUUUACCUAAUUACCUCGCCUCACUACAGUUAAGUUAAUUCUCUGGGUUCUCAUUGGCUGAUUUGUUUUUACUCAUAUUUUUACCUUUUACAUUGAGGUUCAGGUUGGAUUUUGUUUUGUCAAAUGUCUUUUAUUUCUUAAUCUAUUUCAAUUUUGGAAACAUGGGUCACUAGCCUCCUCUUGUAAGAUACUAGUGGUGUAAAAUUCAAAUCCAGAAGACCAGUUUUGUGUGUAUAUAAAAUAAAAUAAGAACAGCUUUGGAGAAUUUUGAAUGUGAACAUUGAGUGUCAGUAAAGCUACACAUGCACUUGGUGUGUUCUAAAAAGCAUGCUUAGCCCAUUGUGUUUAAACUGGUCUACCAAUAAGGGGGUUCUUGUAACACAGAAUGUGAAUGUAGCUUUACAAAGGCACAACAAAAAACAAGAUGUAGCCAGAAAAUGGAACUACAGAAAGACAAACUUCUCUAAUCAAACUUUCUCCAAAAUACAUUUUCAACUAGUAAUUGUGAAAGUAAAAGUUGAAGCAAAAGGGUAUUUAUUAAUAUUUCAAAAGAUACUGUAUUUAAGUUACAAGUUAAUUUAAAAAAUAUAUUAAAUUAGGAUAUUUUGGUAUUCACCUACAUUACUUCUUUUUGCUCCUUUUUCAAAUCCUGAUGAAAUUGGGUUUUCCUUUGAGCAUUACCUCUUGUGUGCAGCUUUAGGACACUGGUUGCCAUUUUUGUGAUCACUUUAGUUUUAAUCUCCCCAAAAAAUGUAUUAUAGU